AUGGCUGACCCUUUUUCUGUUAUCAGCGGUGCUUGUGGGGUUUUUUCAUUGGGGAUGACAAUAUGCAGUGGUGUACUCGACUACUGCUCGGCCGUGAAGGGGGCAGACGAGGAGGUUGAUCGCAUCGCCCGCAAGGCCACACGGAUGCAAAACACAAUGCAUUUGCUGGAAAAUAUUCUCCGAGAUAACCAGGCCCUUAUCGAGCGCGACUACGCAGACCCUCUUCAUCAAAUGGUGGAAAUUAUCCGAACCGGAAUCGAUAUUCUUCAAGAAGCUGUCAAGAAGUGCUGGGGUGAACUUCAACCCGGCAAUCCAAUCCAGGCGAUAUCCAGAAGUACAGCCAAAAGAGCUCUUUAUCCGUUUCGACAAAAAUCUUUGUUAUCAUUGAGCAGUGUCUUGGAUGGACUUCAGCUAGAACUCAGCACUGCUAUGCACAUAUGUGUAUUGCAUCUGAUGCAAGUAAAUAUGACAAAACUGCCAUUGCUAAUGCGUUAA